CCGCCGAGGCGCUCAGUCGCGCGCCAACUCUCAUGCGAGGUUCGUCGUUGCUUCGGGUCCCCUCUCACGUGCUCAUUCCCUCGUACAAUCACGGUCCCGGCGACGGUGUGUAUAUUCCUUCGUAGUGCGAGAGAGAAGGAGAAAUAGAGAGAGAGAGAGACGGGCGUGCAGAAGCGGAUACGUACGCGCGUGUAGGCGUCAGUAAACGGCGCGUCGACGCGAGGCGGAACACGCGACCAGCCGCGAGCAGGCGACUAAAGUUAAACGGGAACGACGUCGUCGCCGUCGUCGACAGACGGAAACCGACGUGGUACCGUCGUCCUCGAGGUCCCGGAAUACAGUCCGGGUGCCAUUAAGUAAGUAACUUGGAACGGUGUCAAGAGCCAGCGACGCGCGGUUUCGGCGAAACGAGGCUCGUCCGUUGUCCGCCACGGUGACGGUGUGACGGCGUUGGAUCCUCACCGAGAGCAGUUGUAUCCUCUCCUCGCCUCCUGUCGGCUCGUCUCGGACGACGUAGUACACGCUACGACAGCCGAAGGAGAGGGAGAUUAGAGCGUGCGAUACUUAGGCGGACGAGCAGAGGUAGUGAGUCGUGGAACGUACGUGCGGACAAACAGACGGAUACAUCGACGGACAUAAGAACGGUACAGGUGGUCGUGGUGAAGUCGCGAAAGGAUCUCCAAUCUGUGAUGUGCGAAUGAGCGAUGGAGUCACCGGUCAUGUACGAUUCCGCGGCCCAUCAGGCCCAGGCACAGAGUGCGGCCGAUCUGAAGAAGUCGCAGGUGCUCAACAACAACACUAGCAAUCAGAACAACAACGCCGCAGCGAACAACAAUAACUCCACGCUGCAGGUCAACCACAACCACAACCAGCAGCAGCAGAACAGCGCGGUGGUGAGCAAGGUGUCCGCCAGCAAGGCGACCCUGCAUCAGCAGUACGCGGAACAUUGCGCGGCCGCGGGCGAGCUUACCGAUCUCAACACGCCGGAGAUCUCGUUGGAUCUCCAGCAUCUGAUCGACGACAACCAUUUCAACGACGGUCUCCUUGACAUGUUAAACACCAACAACGGCGUCAAACAUGUCAGGAACAGCGGUUACGCGCGUACCACGCUCGCCUACAUGCCGCAGCCGGUGCACAGCGGGGCGAGCUAUCAUCAAGGCAGCAACAGCUGCAGCGACAGCAACAGCUCGAGCUCGGAGUCGCCCAGCAUCAAGGAAGAACCACUCGAUCCGACGGAUUAUCGACGUCACUGCCCACAAUAUCCUCCCACCGGCUACAGUCCGGUGACGAACAGCCCGUUCGCCAACGGUGGACCGACAUUCACUACCCUUACGCCGUCCACGAUACCAGGUGGACAUCCCGGCGCGCCAGUCCAUCAGCCGCCACCACGGGGCGGGCCGAUGAAGGGCCCAGUGAUGGCCCAUCAACACCACGCGUCCGCUGCUAACGUCGCCAGGAAACAAAGCAAGACCGUCGACAAGGCGAGCGACGAGUACAGGCGGCGGCGGGAGAGGAACAACAUAGCUGUGAGGAAAAGCCGCGAGAAGGCGAAGGUGCGGUCGCGCGAAACCGAGGAGAAGGUCAAGAUGCUGGUGAAAGACAACGAUCUGCUGAAGAAGCGGAUCGAACUGCUCACCGAAGAGCUCAACGUGCUCAGGUCGCUGUUUAGCAGCGUCGGCGUCGUGCCCGAACAGCUGCACCGCGAGAUCUCCAGGCAUCUCGAUCAGUUCCAGCAACACGCUGUUGGGCCCAUGUAGCGGUAGCAUCGACAGCGACUGCGGUAGCGGCGGCGGCAACCGCGACAGCAGCAGCGACAGCAGCAUCGUUGCCGCGCGACCAUCCGGCGACGUUGCUGAUAGAUCCGGGACUCGCGUCCCUAGCCUAUCAGGCUGACCCGAUUGCGAGGCCGAAGCCAAGUCGCGUCUUCUGCUUCAUCCCCGCGCCUCCCCGCGAACGACGACGCUCUCUGCGCGCAUCUCCCGAGGAAAUCGUCUUUCGUCUCGCUCUCGCGCGUUUUCCUGUAUCUUCUUCUCCUCGCUCUUGCCUUCUGCUCUCGUCUUCUGCGUCGUUCUGUAUGUCUCUGCUCGGAGCGCGCGCGAAUCGGGCGCACGUGCAUACGCUCGCCUUCGUUCACGUCGGGAGACGCGAGAGCGAGAGGGAGGAGAGUCGCGUAGGCGGGCGACCGAGAAAAGCGAGAUGUUCGAGCUUGCGUCGGCCGGAGAACGCACUCGGCGGAUCACACGUGCAGGAAGAGAAGCGUCUCCACCUGCGGGACAAACAGCCCUUCGUUCAGGAAAGGAAGAUGGAAAGGCAUGUCGAACGAGGAGAUGAAGAAAUGAAGCAAAAAAUAUAUAUUUCUAACAGCAAACCGCGAUGAAUUAAUCGCGUGGCGCGUAGAUAGGCCCACUGUGUUGCGGAUCCUCCGAAAGAAGGAAAAUCGGCAAACAGUGCGAAGAAAAAAAAGUCUGAAAACCUUCAUCUCUUCUCUCGUUCAUCCGCCUCGUUCUUUCUUCUAUCGUUCUCGCUUGGCGUCUACUUAGGAAAGAGAGGAUUACGCGAGAUCGGUAGUCCAUUUCCGGAUUUCCAGGCUGACAUGUGUCCUCCUCUCUUUUCGGACGCGCGGAAUCGCGACGCGGCGAUGCGACGACACUCCGACGAGCGAAUCGCGCCACCUCCGAUGAUUCACGCGAGAGAAUAUUUUCUCAUCUUAGUUGUAUACUGCGUUUCGCAUGUACACAUGCACGGGACACAUACACGACACAUCCACUCCACGCGCAAGAGAGAGAAAGAGACACGUACACAUAUACAUACAAACACGGCGUUGUAUUUAGAUAUUCGGUUCUUUAGAUAACGUUUAAAUUAAUGAACUUAGACUAUGUCCGAUUACCAAGUACCUAAAUAAAAAGGAAGAAAACAGAAUCGUCAUAAUCAAGACACGGCGAUCUGCAAAGUGGCUCGAGAGGCCGACGCGACCAGCUUCCCUCAAUACAUAUUUCGCUCCUGCGCUCGCGGUGUCCGAUGAAGCAUGGCCGAGCGACAGAACCGAGCACUCAUACACAUCCAUACCCUUGUAUUAUAUAGUUCUUAUUAAUUUUAUUAUUAUUAUAUUCGAAAUGUAUGUACAUAAAAUGCUAAUAUAUUUUGUUAGAAGAAAUGCAUAGAGAGAGAGAAUUUAAAAAUAAAUGAAUGCGUGAGUGAGUGAGUGAGUGAGAGAGAAAGAGUGUGAGAAACGGCCGUAAAGGCCGAGAGAACGGUCAAAAGCAAAUGUAUGCGUGCGUUAUGUGAGGCUGUGUAAUAUGCGUGUGCAAUACCGCGUGCACGAAUGUAUCAAGAAAGAAUAAAAAUGUGAGAGAGGAACAGAGAUGUAUUGUUGUAAUUGCAUAUUUUAUUAGAUAUUGACGAGAGAAAGGACCGGAUUACCUGAACAUUUCGUACAAGCGUGCGGUUGCAAUUUGGAACAUUUCAUCUUCGCGAUCGCGAUAUAUGUAGAACGCCGAAUGCGACAACGAGCAGCAGUAUAAUUAGUGUGUUUUCGUUCGCAUGCGUGCGAUUUUAUGAAUUGCGCGGUGAUAGCGGCACGCGCUAUCAUACGCGUGUGUCGGUACGCGCGGCGGGUGUAAAUGCGACAUUGCACGCGUGCCUGCCUUUUGGUGUAUGUGUCUGACGUACGACGUUAGGGUACGAGAUUACCCCUGUCACGGUUGUCUAUGCACAAAUAUAUUUUGAUAUGAAACAUA